AUGUAUACAAAUAAAAGAUAUCUGAGAAAUUCUCCAAGUAAGUCUCAGCCAUCGAUAGAUUAUAGGGCACGAAAAACAUCUUUUAGGAGAAAUGAUUCACCCCCUAGAAAUAAUUCUUCAUAUCUCCGAAAAAAUUGGAGAUAUAGUGACGCAGUGAAAUAUUCUCCUUUAAAAGAAAAUACAUGGAAAAGAUACGAAACUAGAGGUAAUACAAGGCAAAACUACUCCGUAUCAGAUUCCACACAGAGAAUGAAAUCAACAUCUAUACCAGAUCAUAUGGUUAAACAAUCAGAGAGAAAUAUAAGGAGAGGAAAUAGGGACAGAGAUCAAAGAUCCACCACCCCUAACAGAGAGUCUAGAACAGUUGAGGACUACCAACCUUUUUUUCAGAAGGGUUCCAUAACCGAGAGGAUAAAGAAAUUAGAACAACCCAGGUCAUGGGAAUCCCCGGGGAAACGCCAAAGAUCCAGGGAAAGAGAAAUGGAAGAAGAAGAAGAAGAACUAGGCAAUUUAAUAAAGAGGGGGAAGAGAUAA